AUGACAGAUAACGUGACAGAUGACACAACAGCCAACAAUGUGACAGAUGACACAACAGCCAACAAUGUGACAGAUGACACAACAGCCAACAAUGUGACAGAUGACACAACAGCCAACAAUGUGCUAGAGAUCAUGCACACGCACUACUGGCAGAAGGAGAUGUUCCCAGGUACGCCCAGCAGCCUGAGCAGCGUGAGUCUGCGCACAGAUGUCAGCAUGUCCCUCUCACAGCCGAGCGCUGGAGGAGACGCAUUGUCAGAGCACCGUCGCUCCAACAGCCUGGUGGCGCCCUCUGACGGGCGACUGGAGACGCGCAGUCUGAAGGAGGACCACACGCUGGCGACACUCGAUAUUGCCGACCGGCGAGGUCAGCAGUCGAUCCGGCGAGGUGAGAGCGUGCAGAGUAACCCGGAGGGUCGCCGUGCCGGGCCGCCCCGCCCGCCGCCGCCCCGCACGCAGCCCUCGCACGAACUCGAGCCACCUACCAG